UUGCACGUCAGAACAAAAACCCUAGGUGGUCACAUUUUUGACCCCUCUCUCUCUCUCUCUCUCUCUCUCUCUCCAUUUCUUGUCAGAGUCUGAGGAUGAUUGAAUGAUUUCAGGCGCGGUGGUUCGUCGCUCCCAAUUUUGUUUCUUCGUCAUUCUAUUGGUUCCUAAGCUUUUUAGGGUUUCCAAUUUUUGUUGCUCAGAAAAACCCCUUUUUCUUUAUCUCUCGAUUUCUUGAUCACCAUGUCCAAAAGGGUUCUCUGCAAGUUUUUUGCACAUGGCGCGUGUUUGAAAGGGGAGCAUUGCGAGUUUUCACAUGAUUGGAAGGCUUCACCAAAUAAUAUAUGUACCUUUUAUCAGAAAGGAGCUUGUGCAUUUGGUAGCCGAUGCAGAUAUGAACAUGUCAAAGCUUCUCAGGCUCAGUCUUCAGGCUCAUCUUCAUCAACAAAUUCUCAGCCAUCCCUUGCUAUUGAUUCUGCAUCUCUGGCACUUCCUGUGAGAACCUUAGCAAGCAGAUUUUCUCUUGCACCCCUCUCUCUUUCAGAACUCUCUGCUUCAAGUAGCCCUUUCUUACCUCCCUCUAAACCUGCCUGGAAUGGUUCUCUGGAGGAUGACUAUGAUAAUGAUGAAAGUAAUGUUGGGGAGACUAGGAGUACUAGACCAGAAGAUCGUGCUAUUUGUUCAUUUGCUGCAGCUGGUAAUUGUCCUCGUGGAGAAAAAUGUCCUCAUCUUCAUGGAGAUUUAUGCCCCAGCUGUGGAAAACAUUGCUUGCAUCCUUACAGACCUUUGGAAAGGGAGGAGCAUAUGAAAACAUGUGAGGAUAAGCAGAAGCAACUUGAGGCUUUGAAACGUAGUCAAGAAAUAGAAUGCAGUGUUUGCCUAGAACGUGUUUUGUCAAAGCCGACAGUUGCUGAGCGCAAGUUUGGGAUACUCUCAGAAUGUGAUCAUCCUUUUUGCAUAUCUUGUAUUAGAAAUUGGCGCAGCAGUUCCCCAACUUCUGGUAUGGAUGUCAAUAGCGCUUUGAGAGCUUGCCCAAUAUGUCGGAAGCUGUCGUACUUUGUCAUUCCAAGUGUCAUUUGGUAUAACUCAAAAGAAGAGAAACAGGAAAUUGUUGAGAGCUACAAGGCAAGGCUCAGGUCAAUUGAUUGCAAGCACUUCGAUUUUGGAAAUGGGAACUGCCCAUUUGGAACUAGUUGUUUUUAUAAGCAUGCGUACCAAGAUGGCCGUUUAGAGGAAGUAGCACUCCGUCAUCUUGGAAAUGAAGAUGGUCAAACAGUGAUAGCUACAAAUAUUAGGUUGUCAGACUUUCUGUCUGAUCUACACAUAAGGUGAAUAAUGCUGUUUCAAUGUUCCAAAGAUUUGUUUUUUCAUCAAGAACACAUGCGCAGCUCUCAUGCUGGUUUUUCAAUGGAAGGUGGAAUACUCCGGUGGUUUGCAAGAAUUGGUUGCUGGAUGGCUACAUCCGGUUGCAGGAGCGACGACGUGCUUGGUUAUCGUGAACUACAGUUAACAGAAUUCUAAAUAAAGUUAUUAUUGAGUGGAUGAGUGUAUGUUCAGAAUUUUGACAAUUAUGCAAUGUGCCGGUCUGGGACUUGGAUGAAUGUCUUCAGAUCGGGACAUUAAGAUAGUCUGGAUAAGAGCAUGUCGAUAUCGAACUGGUUGGGGGCUGUGUAUAUAACAUUAUACAAAUGUCUAGGUCUUUAAAGGAAUUUUUUAUCGACAGCGGUAGACAUUUUGAUAAAAGAAAUGCUUUUUGGAGGA